UGAGCGGGGCGGGCGGCGGCGGGGCCCGAGCCCGAGAAGAUGGCGGUGCGGAAGAAGGACGGCGGCCCCAACGUGAAGUACUACGAGGCCGCGGACACCGUGACCCAGUUCGACAACGUGCGGCUCUGGCUCGGCAAGAACUACAAGAAGUAUAUACAAGCUGAACCACCCACCAACAAGUCCCUGUCUAGCCUGGUUGUACAGUUGCUACAAUUUCAGGAAGAAGUUUUUGGCAAACAUGUCAGCAAUGCACCGCUCACUAAACUGCCGAUCAAAUGUUUCCUAGAUUUCAAAGCAGGAGGCUCCCUGUGCCACAUUCUUGCAGCUGCCUACAAAUUCAAGAGUGACCAGGGAUGGCGGCGUUACGAUUUCCAGAAUCCAUCACGCAUGGACCGAAACGUGGAAAUGUUCAUGACCAUUGAGAAGUCUUUGGUACAGAAUAAUUGCCUGUCGCGACCUAACAUCUUUCUGUGCCCAGAAAUUGAACCUAAACUCCUAGGGAAGUUAAAGGACAUUAUCAAGAGACACCAGGGAACAGUCACCGAGGAUAAAAACAAUGCCUCCCAUGUUGUGUAUCCUGUCCCAGGGAACCUGGAAGAAGAGGAAUGGGUCCGACCAGUCAUGAAAAGGGAUAAACAGGUUCUUCUGCACUGGGGCUAUUAUCCUGAUAGUUACGACACAUGGAUCCCAGCCAGUGAAAUUGAAGCAUCUGUGGAAGAUGCGCCAACUCCUGAGAAACCUAGGAAGGUUCACGCAAAGUGGAUCCUGGACACUGACACCUUCAAUGAGUGGAUGAACGAGGAAGACUAUGAAGUAAAUGAUGACAAAAACCCCGUCUCCCGCCGGAAGAAGAUUUCAGCCAAGACAUUGACAGAUGAGGUGAACAGCCCGGAUUCAGAUCGACGGGACAAGAAGGGGGGGAACUAUAAGAAGAGGAAACGCUCCCCCUCCCCUUCACCAACUCCAGAAGCUAAAAAGAAAAAUGCUAAGAAAGGCCCCUCAACACCUUACACCAAAUCAAAGCGUGGGCACAGAGAAGAAGAACAAGAAGAUCUGACAAAGGACAUGGAUGAGCCCUCACCAGUUCCAAAUGUGGAAGAGGUGACAUUGCCCAAAACAGUCAACACUAAGAAGGACUCAGAGUCAGCCCCGGUCAAAGGAGGCACCAUGACUGACCUGGAUGAACAGGAGGAUGAAAGCAUGGAGACCACGGGCAAGGAUGAGGAUGAGAACAGUACGGGGAACAAGGGGGAGCAGACCAAGAAUCCAGACCUGCAUGAGGACAAUGUGACCGAGCAGACCCACCACAUCAUCAUCCCCAGCUAUGCUGCCUGGUUUGACUAUAAUAGUGUUCAUGCCAUUGAGCGGCGGGCUCUCCCCGAGUUCUUCAACGGCAAGAACAAGUCCAAGACUCCGGAAAUCUACCUGGCCUAUCGAAACUUCAUGAUUGACACUUACCGGCUGAACCCCCAAGAGUAUCUCACCUCCACCGCCUGCCGCAGGAACCUGGCAGGUGAUGUCUGUGCCAUCAUGAGGGUCCAUGCCUUCCUAGAGCAGUGGGGGCUCAUUAACUACCAGGUGGAUGCUGAGAGUCGACCAACCCCAAUGGGGCCUCCCCCCACCUCCCACUUUCAUGUCUUGGCGGACACGCCAUCAGGGCUGGUGCCUCUGCAGCCCAAGACCCCGCAGGGCCGCCAGGUUGAUGCUGAUACCAAGGCUGGGCGAAAGGGCAAAGAGCUGGAUGACCUGGUGCCAGAGACGGCUAAGGGCAAGCCAGAGCUGCAGACAUCUGCUUCCCAGCAAAUGCUCAACUUCCCUGACAAAGGCAAAGAGAAACCGACCGACAUGCAGAACUUCGGGCUACGCACAGACAUGUACACCAAGAAGAAUGUCCCUUCCAAGAGCAAAGCUGCAGCCAGUGCCACUCGCGAGUGGACAGAGCAGGAGACCCUGCUGCUCCUGGAGGCACUGGAAAUGUACAAAGACGACUGGAACAAAGUAUCAGAGCACGUUGGAAGCCGCACCCAGGAUGAGUGCAUCUUGCAUUUUCUUCGUCUUCCCAUUGAAGACCCUUACCUAGAGGACUCAGAGGCCUCGCUGGGCCCCCUGGCCUACCAGCCUAUCCCCUUCAGUCAAUCAGGCAAUCCUGUCAUGAGCACUGUUGCCUUCCUGGCAUCUGUCGUUGAUCCCCGAGUUGCCUCUGCUGCCGCGAAGUCAGCCCUAGAAGAGUUCUCCAAAAUGAAGGAAGAGGUGCCCACAGCCUUGGUGGAGGCUCAUGUUCGGAAAGUGGAAGAAGCAGCCAAAGUGACAGGCAAAGCAGAUCCAGCCUUUGGCCUGGAGAGCAGUGGCAUUGCAGGGACCACCUCUGAUGAGCCUGAGCGGAUUGAGGAGAGUGGGACUGAAGAGGCGCGGGCAGAGGGCCAGGCCACGGAGGAGAAGAAGGAGCCCAAGGAGCCCCGAGAAGGAGUUGGGGCUGGCGAGGAAGAAGCAAAGGAAAAAGCCAGCGAGGCGCCCAAGAAGGAUGAGGAGAAGGGGAAGGAGGGCGACAGUGAGAAGGAGUCAGAGAGGAGCGAGGGGGACCCGGCAGGUGACGCUGAGAAAGAGAAGGAGCCGAAGGACGGGCAGGAGGAAGUGCUGAAGGAAGUGGUGGAGUCGGAGGGAGAAAGGAAGACGAAGGUGGAGCGCGACAUCGGGGAGGGCAAUCUCUCCACUGCCGCCGCCGCCGCCCUGGCUGCCGCCGCCGUGAAGGCCAAGCACUUGGCUGCUGUUGAGGAGAGGAAGAUCAAGUCCCUGGUGGCCCUGCUGGUGGAGACCCAGAUGAAAAAGUUGGAGAUCAAACUCCGGCACUUUGAGGAGUUGGAGACGAUCAUGGACCGGGAGCGAGAAGCACUGGAGUACCAGAGGCAGCAGCUCCUGGCAGACAGACAGGCCUUCCACAUGGAGCAGCUGAAAUAUGCUGAGAUGCGGGCCCGGCAGCAGCACUUCCAGCAAAUGCACCAACAGCAGCAGCAGCCGCCGCAAGCCCUGCCCCCGGGCUCCCAGCCGAUCCCACCCACGGGAGCUGCUGGGCCACCCCCAGUCCACAGCCUGGCUAUGGCUCCCGCCUCUGUAGCCCCUGCGCCUGCUGGCAGUGGGGCCCCGCCUGGAAGCUUGGGCCCUUCUGAACAGAUAGGGCAGGCAGGAUCAACGGCAGUGCCACAGCAACAGCAGCCAGCUGGAGCCCCCCAGCCUGGGGCAAUCCCACCAGGGGUACCCCCCCCUGGACCCCAUGGCCCCUCACCGUUCCCCAACCAACAAACUCCUCCCUCCAUGAUGCCGGGGGCAGUGCCAGGCAGCGGGCACCCAGGCAUGGCGGGUAAUGCUCCUUUGGGUUUGCCGUUCGGCAUGCCGCCUCCUCCUCCUCCUGCUCCAUCCGUCAUCCCAUUCGGUAGUCUAGCCGACUCCAUCGGUAUUAACCUCCCCCCUCCUCCUAACCUGCAUGGGCAUCACCACCAUCUCCCGUUUGGCCCGGGCACCCUCCCCCCACCUAACCUGCCUGUGUCCAUGGCGAACCCUCUACAUCCUAACCUGCCGGCGACCACCACCAUGCCAUCUUCCUUGCCUCUCGGGCCGGGGCUCGGAUCCGCCGCAGCCCAGAGCCCUGCCAUUGUGGCAGCUGUUCAGGGCAACCUCCUGCCCAGUGCCAGCCCGCUGCCAGACCCAGGCACCCCCCUGCCUCCAGACCCCACGGCCCCAAGCCCAGGCACGGUCACCCCCGUGCCACCUCCGCAGUGAGGAGCCAGCCAGACAACUCUCCCUGACCCCCAUGGAAAUCAAGGUUCCAGGAACAGCCCUCCCCCCACCACGGGGACCCUUCCCCGCCUGGAGAGUUCAUCACUACGUAAGGAACGCUCCUCUGCCCCUCCACAGCCCCCGCUCUGCCCGUGAGAGGCACGCGUUUUUAUAUCGGAUGAUCCAAGGACUUCUGUUUAAAAGAUGUUUCUAAUAAUGUCUGGGAGAGAGAGGAUAGGAUGGGGGUGCCGCCCUCCAAGGUAGGGCCGGGGAGGGUGUUUAUACAAGGCUCUAACUAACCACUUCUAGGGUGCACCCCCUCGAAACUACUGCUUUUUUUAUGG